UGUUGUUGAUGUCUGACCUUGUCUGAGAUCUAUUGGCGGUACAUGUAUUAUUAUAUGACAGCGACUUCGUACUCGUUGUAUUCUCCAGCCCCACUCUCUAAAGACGGCGAGCGCACUGGUUGCCUCACCGGAUUCUCGACGCAUUCACGACUAUCACGGCUGUCUACGACUCAAUCUCACUCGCUCAUUCACCAAACCCACCCCUCUCACCGUUGAAACCGCUCACAUGCAUUUCUCUGCUGCACUGCCGUUCGCAUUUCUGGCUGUCAGCCGUCGCCCGCCCUCUCCCUGCCUCUGCGUAUGUCUUCUUACUAUCGUUGUCGCGACAAAGCAAAGACUGAUGACUCCUCCUUGCCCGGGUGCAUAUGAUCCCAGUGAGGAUGAUGCUGAGCUGUGGACACGCGACGCUGCGGCGGAUGCGUGGGCGCGUGAUGCCAUAGUCAGUCUGCUGGCGCGCGGCGAUUUUACUGUUGAGGACGUUCCAAUGAUCGUUCGCGCAUACGCCAACGGACCACUGGCUGUACGCUCACCCUCCAAGAAGCUCAUGUAUACGCCAGGGUGGCCGGAUGAACAGGACAAGAAGAAACAAGAGGAGGAGAAGAAGAAGAAGGAACAAAAGGAGCAACAACAGAAGGAACAGAAGGAGGCGGCGACGAAGGCAGCGAAGGCAGCGAAGGAGGCGGCAGUGAAGGCAGUGAAGGCAGUGAAGGCAGCGAAGGCUGCACAGCAGCCGGAGGAUGAACAGCGACUGCUCGAUGACUACAGUUAGGUUGUUCCAGGAUAUGUAUAUGUAUGGCUCAAGUUCGCGUGUCCUAGCCUACUUAUCAUCAAGGUCACUUGCCAGAGCACACCAGUGGCUAACAUAGAGCUAGCUUUGGGAGAAGUAUCCAUGGGUAGCUGACAGG